AUGGAUAACUCUUAUACACUUCCUCUUGGAGUCAAUUCCAAUAUUCUACAAACUUCUAAAAAACACAAUAUUUUUGGAGAGCCACCACCAGAUUACGUUCCUGGGAAGGGACGUGGUGCUAUCGGAUUUGCAAGUGGUGUUAGCAGAGAUGAUCAAACAAUUACAAUCGAAGCUGAUAUUGGUGAUUAUUCUGAUACUAAGUUUGACAAAUUUUCCGGCUUUAGUGAAUCUCUAUUCAAUGAUGUUAAAUAUGAUGAUGAUGAUCGACAAGCGGAUUCAGUUUAUGAAAUGAUCGAGGAAAAAUUAAGUGCUAGAAGAAAGAAACAAAAAGAAAGGAAACUUAGAGAGGAAAUUCUUAAAGCAAGAGAGCAUAGACCGACUCUACAAAAACAGUUUUCAGAUCUUAAGAGGUCCUUGGAGAACGUAAAAAUUGAAGAAUGGGACCAAAUUCCUGAGCCAGGAGAUUAUUAUAAAAAUAAGAAAUCAAAGCUUUUUGUUCCUGUACCUGAUAAUGUUACGCAAUCUUUACACACAAACUUUUUCGAAACUUUAACCAAUAAAGAUAAUUCUCAAUUAGAAUCAAACACCGAAUUUAAUAACACAUUAAAUGAACUGGCCACAGCUAAAGGUAAUAUCCUUUCUUUGAAACUGGAUAAGGCAAUGGACAGUGUUUCUGGACAAUCCGUAAUUGAUUCAUCAAGUUAUCUUAGUUCCCUAAGCACGGCUGGCAUUCAAUUGAAUGGCGAUCUCUCUGAUAUUAAAAAAGCAAGACUUCUACUCAAAUCAGUAGUAAAUACAAACCCUAAGCACUCACCAGGAUGGAUAGCAGCAGCUAGGUUCGAAGAGUUUGUAGGUAGGAUUUCCCAUUCAAGAGAAAUUAUUGCAAAAGGUUGCGAAAUGUGCCCAAAAAAUGAAGAUAUUUGGCUUGAAGCUAUUAGACUCGGAAAGCCCGAACAAAUAGACAAAAUAAUUGUAAAAGCUAUAAAGUUCAUUCCAAAUUCAACUAAAGUUUGGAUGGUUGCAGCAAAUAGAGAAACAAAUAAAAAUAAAAGAUUACUAAUAAUUAAAAAGGCUCUCGAAUUUGUUCCAAAUUCAAUUAAACUUUGGAAAGAAGCAAUCUCACUAGUCAAUAAUGAAUCUGAAAAGACUCUUUUAUCAAAGGCUGUAAAGUGUGUCCCUCAAUCUGAGGAACUAUGGCUGAAAUAUGCGAGAUUAAGUGAAUAUUUGGAUGCCCAAAAAAUUUUGAACGAAGCAAGAAAAGUAUUGCCAACAUGUCCAGGUAUAUGGGUAGAAGCAGCAAAGUUGGAAGAAAGAAACGGAAAAGUUGAAAAAAUUGACUUAAUUAUUCAACGUUGUAUUUCAAAUUUAUCAGCUAAGAGGUUUGUACAUUCAAGAGACGAUUGGUUAAGAAAAGCAGGAGAGUGUGAAAAAGAGGGUUAUUCAAAUACAUGUAUUGCAAUCAUAAAAAAUACAUGGUUUCUUGGAAUAAACGAUGACUUGAUUAAUGAUCAAGUUUUUUCUGAUAUAGAAAACUUCAUCAAAUUAGAUAAUAUUAUAUCUGCACGUGCUAUGUUUGAAUCAUCUAUAGAAAUAUUCAAAUCAAAUGAAUCAUUUUGGAUAAAAUGGGCUGAAUUCGAAGAAAAAUAUGGAAACUUUGAAAAUGUUGAUCAUGUUCUACAAAAAUCACUGAUGAAUUGUCCUGAUAAACAGAUACUGUGGUUAAAAGCUGCAAAGAACCAAUCGAUAAAUGGGGAUGCUGAAAUUGCACGGUUAAUCCUAUCAAAAGGUUAUUCUUCAAACUUAAAUGAUAAAGAAGAAAUAGUAUUGGCAGCCGCCAGACUCGAAAUUUCUCAAGGUGAGAUAGAACGUGCAAGGAUUAUUCUGGAAAGAGAAAGAAAUAACUCUCCCUCAGUACAAAUUUGGGUUGAAUCAAUCAAGCUUGAAUAUGAACAAAAAAACUUUGAUUUAUGUAUAUUAUAUUGUUCUGAUUCCAUAAAAGAAUAUCCAAAUUCUUCAACUUUAUGGCAUUUGUAUGGAUUCAUUCAUCGCAAGGCCUUUCCAGAUCUUAUCAAUGAAACUUUGAAAAUAUAUGAGGAUGGAUUAAAUCGUUGUGACGAUUCAUUGGAAUUAUGUUUUUCCACUAUAGACUUAUUAACAUCCGUACAAAAUUGGAAAAAAGCAAGAACAUUUCUCGAUCUAGCCCAUUCAAAAAACAAGAAUCAACCAGAAUUAUGGAUGCAGAAGAUUAAAUUAGAAAAAAAUGCAGGUAAUCAUAAUUUCAUCCCACAAAUUUUAUCCAAAGGAUUAAAAGAGUGCCCAAAGUCUGGUUUAUUGUAUGCAGAAACUAUUUUUUCUGAACCUAAACAAAAACAAAAAUCCAAAUCAUUAGUUGCUUUAGAACAAUGCGAAAAUGACCCCUAUGUACUAGCUGCCAUUGCAAUAUUAUUUUGGAAGGAAAAGGAUUUUCAGAAGUCAAGAAAAUGGUUUAAAAAUGCGCUUGAAACUGAUAAUAAGAUAGGUGAUACAUGGAUACAUUACAUUGCAUUCGAAUUAUUAAAUGGGGAUUGUGAAUCUCAAAAAGACGCUAUAAAUAAUUUUAUUAACGCUGCUCCAAAUAAAGGAUUUGAAUGGGAUAAUGUUAGGAGAACUAAUUUUUUUUGGGAUCAGAAAUGUAAUGAAAUAUUAAUCAUUUCUUUAGAAUUAAUUUAUGGUAUAAACAAAUCUUUUGUUAUUUCAAAUGAAAUCAGAAAACUUUUAGGAUUUAUUUAA